AUGGCACCACCCGCAGCGAAAAAGCGGCUUGUCCAUCACCUUGACACGCCCUUCUCUACGUCUUCAUGGCCCGAGAUAUCGAUUGAUAACCAGGACUCCAUCUUGGAACUCCUCUGCAGCCUCCUGAGCCCCAUCGGACAGCACCGUAGGAGUCAUGUCAAACCUUCCAAAGGAAAGCGAGCUACCAAAAGGGAAAAGAAGAUGGCCACGAAGUUAGACGGGCCGGCAAAAGCGGCCAAAUUACCCACGCCACGAAGUUUAGAACUCAGUGAAAGUGUAGAUAUUGGCUUCAACUCAAUCGCCAAAAACCUUGGAUCCCUAUCAAAGCCAUCCGAAGUGGCAAAUCCCUCUCCCAAAGACUAUUCUAUGGUCUUUGUCGCCAGAGGCAGCCAGUCACCAGCUUUCAACCACCAUUUUCCGCAAAUGGUUGCCGCCGCGUCUCGAAAUUUGCCGGAAAAGGAGAAGAUACGGCUCGUAGGCUUCUCAAAACCGUGCUCUGAGAGGAUAGGUAACACACUGGGUAUUCCAAGAGUCUCGUCGAUUGCCAUCUCUCGGCAUACCCCGGGGGCUGAGGCACUCUUGGCCGUCGUCGAGAAUCUUGUGGCGCCGGUCGAUUCACCUUGGCUCAGCGAAGUGCCCAGCACCGAGUACAAGACAACCCAAAUAGCCUCUGUGGAAACAACUAUUGGAGCAAAACGCGUGAAAUAA